AUGAAGACGAGAAAGCGGGACAUGAAGGCUUUUGAGGCAAGCGUCGAAGAUUUACUGUAUCUGGCUUGGAAGCGCGAGAAUCGCAAGCGGGUUAUCUUAUUCCUGGGGAAGUUGCUUCAGCUCUGUAGCAAAAACUCCUGGGAUCGCGCUGCUCGAAUCGUGUGCCAUCAACUUUGCUUGGUGUCUUGGGCUUCCUCAAUGGUGGAUGUAGAGUACUAUGCCGCCAGGGAUGCGCACAGUCCCAUUGUUUUGCUGUGCGGUUUCGGGGGCUCUCAUCUCGAUGAUUUGCAGCCAGCCAUUGAGCAUUGGACCAAAGGUGGUGCUGGGGUGCUGGCCUUUGGACCAGCCUUGAGCGGCAGACAAGACAUGCUAGACCUGGUCUUCGCUAAGCUCAUGGAGGUGAUUGAGAAUCAUCCUGUGAUCCUCCACUUCUUCAGCGAUGGAGGCUGUGGCUCCGCCUGUGAUCUGGUGGAGAUGUGGCAACGGAGUUGGCAGAACGGUGAGGUAGUUCUUGUACCAUCUGCCCCUGUCAGCUGCAUGAUCUCUGACGGAGCCGGCAUGUACGGAAACGAGGCCGUCACGAUAUCUGAGGAGGAUAAGGAAGUUCAAGACCCGGCGGAAUCCCCAGGACCCGAUGGCGAAGCAGAUGGUAAAGCAGCAACCAAUAUGGCGCUGACAUUUUUCACUGGCUGUGGCCUCAACAUGCUGAUGGCCUUCGGUGCCUGCCAGGCUUUCCACGAGGAGCCCGCCAAUUCCUUCGGCAAGGCCCUGAUUGCUUCCGCCAAUGGUGGCCACCUUGCCGGGAAGCUCACCAAAGACAGAAGAGCUCAUGUCUGGAAGAUUUGGCGCUGCCUCCGCGAGAUUCCGACUUUGAUCAUCGCUUCGAAAGCUGACAAGGUGGUUUUGCUGGACCGAUCCUUGAUCUUUGCCAAGUGGCUGCGCGAGCUCCCUAACCGUGUGCUGGAGCAAGCGCAGCGAUGGAAG